ACAAAAAAAAAAUACCAUCAGAAAAUAACAUUUGUGUUGCGUUCAAUCUUCGUAUUGAAAAUUAAAAAUAAUUGUUGGAAUAUUGUUAAACUCAUUUUGAAUGCACGGGUUAACAAGAUAAGGGCACACCAAGUAAAAUGUCGGGCUAUCCAAUUGACUUGGAAUUUGAUAGGAAGCUAAUAGAUUUAAUCAAAGCAAAUCCCAUGCUAUAUGAAAGGGAUCUUAGGAGCAGCCCGUACACAGAUAUGAAAAAGAAGUUCGAAUUAUGGAGCCACAUAGGACAAUCUUUGAAUAGAGAGACAAAGGACUGUCUUUUGCGUUGGAAAAGCUUGCGUGCGAAAUAUCGUCGAGAAAUGGCCAAGUUAGGCAAAGAAUCAGGUUGGGAACUAUUGGACAACAUGAAAUUCAUUGAGAAGCACAUUAAAUAUCAAGGCAGAACGCAGCGCAAUUUAAAGAGCCCCGAACACCAAAGUGUACCGUUUAAUUACUCCAUGGAGGCUGAACAACUAAUCGAGGAAAUCCACGAGGAAGAUGACGAUCCUCUUCAGGAGGCUAUGGACGAACAAAUCAGCACAUUUGUACCUGCCUCCUACACUAGUCGUGAGAAAGUGUUUCAAUCUCCAGCCACAACUUUAAAUACCAGCACAAGUUCCAGCAUGCAAUACAGUGGCACAAUGAAACGCAUUGAGGCUCUGCUAGAAGGUCUGGGAGGCGAGAAUCAGCUCAAAGCCGAAAAGCGUAUUGUAGCAUAUUUAUGCAAAUGCCAGUUGAAAACUCUCAACAAUGAAGAUGUGGAUGAUGUUGAUAUUUAAGUUAUAAGAAAUAAUUAAAAAAACAAAAGAUUAGAUCUUAAGUACGACAAGACGUAUAACCCAUUAAGUAAAAGGCUAGACAUAUUGAUCAGUUAAUAAAAAACAAGCUAAAGGAAAAACAAA